UGGCUGCUACGUUUUGGCUGCGCGCCCGCGGCGAGGCGAGUGCUGCUGCUGCUGCUGCUGCUGCUGCUGAGAAGGUCUCGAUCAGUCCGGUGCAGACGCCUCCGUUGCUCGCUGCCGUGAUGCGCCCUCUGCGUACGUCGACGUGGACGUGCCUGGCAGCCGCGUCGCUCGCGAUGCUGGCGGGCGGCGCCUCGGGCGCCAACAUUCUGGGCGUCUUCUGGUUCGUGGCGCCCAGCCACUUCACCAUGUUCGGCCGGCUGUUCCGCGAGCUGGCGGCGCGCGGCCACAACGUCACCGUGCUCAGCCACUUCCCGCUCAAGGACCCCCUCCCCAACUACACCGACAUCAACAUUGCCGGCAGUAUGCUCACCUACGCUGACAACGUCACCAUGGAGCUGGUGCUGGACAUCCAGGGCAUGACGGGCAUGUGGAGCGACUGGCAGCAGGUGCUGGCCAUGUGCUUCGACGCCCACCGACACCCCGAGGUGCGCCGGCUGGCGCACUCCCGAGACCACUACGACCUGGUCGUCGCCGAGGUCUUCUACGCCGACUGCCUGGCCGCGCUGGCCCACAAGUUCGGCGCGCCGCUGGUCGGCAUCAUCUCCAGCAUGGCCAUGCCCUGGGCCCACGACAGGAUGGGGAACCCGGACAACCCGGCCUACAUGGACUCCAUCAACUUCGCCAGCUCUGCGCCCUUCACCUUCUGGCAGAGGCUGCAGAACACGUGCUGGUACGUCUUCAUGCGCUUCGGCAACUGGUGGAUAUCGGAGCGCGUGGUGGACCCUCUGGCCAGCGACCUGUUCGGCGAGGACUUCCCGCCGACCAGCGAGCUGGUGCGCAACACCAGCCUCGUUCUGGUCAAUAGCCACUGGAGCACCGGCGGGCCCUUCCCCAGGGUGCCCGGGCUCGUCGAGGUGGGCGGCCUGCACGUCGGCCAGCCCGCGCCGCUGCCCCAGGAGCUGGAAGCGUGGCUGAACGGCAGCCCCCAGGGCGUGGUGUACUUCAGCCUGGGCACGAUGGUGCGGCCGGACACGUUCUCGCCGCAGAAGCUGCGGGCCGUGCUGGACGCCUUCUCGCGGCUGCAGCAGCGCGUCCUGUGGAGAGCCGACCCCAGCAGGCUGCCCGAGCUGCCGCCAAACGUGCUGGCGCGCCGGUGGCUGCCGCAGAACGACGUCCUCAACCACCCGAACGUGCGCGUGUUCAUCACGCACUCGGGGCUGAUGGGCACACAGGAGGCGGUGGCGGCAGGGGUGCCCAUGCUGUGCAUGCCCAUGUUCGCCGACCAGUUCCUGAACGCGGACCGCGUGGUCGCUGCGGGCCACGGCCUCAAGCUGCUCUACCAGGACCUCAGCCGCGAGUCGCUGAGCGACGCGCUGCACCAGCUGCUCGACGACAGCAGGUACAGGGAGCGUGCUCGACAGCUGGCGGUGCUGUUCCGGGACCGGCCGCGGCCGCCCCUGGAGGAGGCGGUCUACUGGCUGGAGUACGUGCUGAGGCACCGGGGGGCGCCGCACCUGCGGUCCGCCGCGCUGGACCUGUCCUGGCACCAGCACCUGCUGCUCGACGUCGCCGCCUGCGUGGUGGGGGCGGCGGCCGCCGCGCUCGGCCUGCUCUGCCUGCUCCUGCGGAAGGCUGCCUCCCUGCUGCCGAGGGCCUCCACGGGCGCUCCCAAGCAGAAGGCCAGCUGACUCACGAGCAGCUCGGGCCUCCGACUCUACACCUUCCAGUCGCAACUUAGAGAUUCACAUUUGGUGGUGCACUUAGUCACUGAGUCAUCCUAUCACAUGUACUAUACAGACUUCACGGUAGUAUAGCGCAGAAUAGAUACAUACCUAAUGGAAUAAGUAAAUCAAACAUAAAUGUGUAUAUAAUGUAGACAUUGUUUAAUUCACCCGUAGUUCUGUAUUCUUAAGAGUAUUCCAGAAUGACUUUUCCCCAAAUGGAAUAACGCAGCAGACAUCGAAAUGUUUCAUUAUCAGAGCACAUGACCAAUUUCCUCUCUGUAUCCCCCCCCCCCCUCCCCACCCAAUCUUAGUCCAGUCAGAGGUUCUGCUCAUCAGCUGCUGACCUGUCAUCGAAGAAACCUUAAACCCCAAUUCCAUUCCUUCCUCUGAGAAAGACUGCCUCACUAUAUUUUAUAUAUCGUAUAAAUAGAAAACGACUUCGAGAAUACGCAUACCUUAGAGUGUUCUGGUGACUGUAUCUAUGAUAGCUUAGAAGCCACAGGGUAUUGCCUUAACAGACAACUAACUAGAUAUCAUUCCUGAGGUUGCGUAUUUGUACUGCUGUAUGUAACGAAAUAAUAAGCAACCACUUGCAUGAGGGUGGAUAAAAUACUGUACUGCUGUUGUUACAUAGUGAACCGUCACUUCACUUCAUUGUCAUAAAUAAAUAUUGUACGAAUAAAAAUUGUA